GGGAUUCCUAAGGUCUUAAUUUUUGGGGAGAAGUUCAAAGGUAUUGGAAUAUGAAAACUUGGAAGGAUGAAGAAACUGGCUAAGGCCUCGUAUUUUGAAAUCUCUGAAGGGGACCCAUUGUGCAACCAAGGUUGGGUGAACAAGUCUGCUCCAGAGCAGGAUGUCUCUGAAAUUGAGUCACCGGGGACAGUAGGAAACAGGCUCCAAGAGGAUGAAUCCCGGGAUUCCACAUUUGAAAAAUAUGCAUGUGAGAGCAUGAAGGAAAACUCUCCUGAAGAGGUGCCCAGGUCAUGCUUUUUCCAGGAAGGAGGUUUUGGGGGAAUAACUUUCAUCCGAAAGGAAGCACUUCCUAAAAUGAUGAGCCAAGAAUAUAAUUUUGAGACGAGUUUGCUUUUGACCUCAAGCCUUGUUACUCAUCUCAGGGUUUCUACAGAAGAUAGUCUACAUCAGUGGGAGACAAGUAGCACACACACCAAUGAGAUUUCAAAUCAAAGUAAAUGCUCAACCCUCUCCAUUCGGAAAAAGUCUUGGAAAUGUAACGAAUGUGGAAAAACAUUUACUCAGAGCUCAUCCCUUACUCAACAUCAGGUAACUCAUACUGGAGAGAGACCCUAUGUAUGUGAGGAAUGUGGGAAAGCCUUUAGUUGUAGUUCAUUCCUUGUCCAGCAUCAAAGAAUUCACACUGAAGAGAAACCAUACAGAUGUGAGCAAUGUGGGAAAACAUUUCGUUGUCAAUCAUUUCUUACUCAGCAUCAAAGAAUCCACACUGGAGAGAAACCUUAUAAAUGUAAUGAAUGUGGAAAUUCCUUCCGCAAUCAUUCACAUCUCGCUGAACAUCAGAGAAUUCACACUGGAGAGAAACCUUACAAAUGUAAUAGGUGUGGGAAGGCAUUCAAUCAGAAUACACACCUCAUUCAUCAUCAGAGAAUCCACACUGGUGAGAAACCUUACUCAUGCAAUGAAUGUGGCUCUUCUUUUCGUAAACACUCAAACCUUAUACAACAUCAGAGAAUUCACACGGGGGAAAAACCCCAUAAAUGUGAUGAUUGUGGGAAAACUUUUCAAACAAAGGCAAAUCUUUCUCAGCAUCAGAGAAUUCAUACUGGAGAGAAACCCUAUAAGUGUAAGGAAUGUGGAAAAGCUUUUUGUCAGAGUCCAUCCCUUAUUAAACACCUGCGAAUUCAUACUGGAGAGAAACCUUAUAAAUGUAAAGAAUGUGGCAAAGCUUUUACUCAGAGUACCCCACUCACGAAACAUCAGAGAAUUCACACAGGGGAGAGACCCUACAAAUGCAGUGAAUGUGGUAAAGCUUUCAUUCAGAGCAUUUGUCUUAUUCGGCAUCAGAGAAGUCACACUGGAGAAAAACCUUAUAAAUGCAAUGAAUGUGGGAAAGGCUUCAAUCAGAAUACCUGCCUCACUCAGCACAUGAGAAUUCACACUGGAGAGAAGCCCUAUAAAUGUAAAGAAUGUGGGAAAGCCUUUGCUCAUAGCUCAUCUCUUACUGAACAUCAUAGAACUCACACUGGUGAGAAGCUCUUUAAAUGUAGUGAGUGUGAGAAAACCUUCCGCAAGUAUGCACACCUUAGCGAACAUUACAGGAUUCACACUGGUGAGAAGCCUUAUGAAUGCAUUGAAUGUGGAAAAUUCUUCAGACAUAGUUCAGUGCUUUUCAGACAUCAGAAACUUCACAGUGGUGAAUGAACCUGGCAUUAGGUAAUGGCAGUUUCUCAAGAAAUAGUGGCUAGGAAUCUGGCUGAGGAGUGGGGGCAGGUAUAGUUCCUGGAAAGAAGGAUGAAGUAGCCUUAAAUGUUGCCCUCAUAAGAGUAUUUCCAGAAAUAUAUGUGGGGGCUUGGAGAAUGCAGAGCCUACUCCAGGUGGGCAUCUGGGAGUACAGGGUAGAAAGGAAGUUCCUGCUUUUCAGAUAAAUCCUUGCUGCUUGCCACUCCUCUCUUCUCAUGUGACUCUCAUACCUUGAGGUGCCAUUAAGUUAGUGUUUGUCUUUCCCUUACUACACUCACCUAGCUUCCCAAAUUAUCAUGUAUUUUCACUUAUCAGUUGGCUUAGAUGCUUUUCCAGACACUGUCAUUUUGAAAGUGGCAGCAGUUUGAGGUAGUGCUAAGUAGCCUCUAGAUUUCUGAGGCAGCUCUGACCCUGUUACUGUGAGGGAAGCUGCUCAGCCUGUGGAAGUGGUCCCAUAAAGGGGAGACAGAAACAAGUGAAAGAUGGUCCAUAUUCAUUUACCAAUGAGAUAUGGACCAAGAACGGGUGAUCUCAACAUAUACGUUGGUAAAGAAGGCUUUUAUCAGAAUGAGGGAGAUCUUUCCUGAUCCUAUUAAGCUGAAGAAAGAAAUAGGUCAAGAGAGACUUUUCUUGAAUGCCAUUUCUGGGAAGGCCAUGGGGAGGAAGGCCCAACCUCUGUUCGAGAGGAACAGUAGCUUAUCCAGGAUGGAAAUGGCCUGUGCUUGGCUAGUGAUCAUAAGCCACAGAGCAGGAAACCUGCUUAUGCCUGAGCAAGCCAUCAGCAUACCACCGGCCUAGACAGAGGUGUACACCUUUCUCUUGAGCUUAUAAAUGUGGCUGGGUUACUGGUUCACAGGGAAUCGGAGAGGAACCCACUAAGAUUAACUGUCUAAACCAAGUGGGAUUCAAUUCAGUUUGUUUGCCUUUAAGGAUAAGAAAGCGUUAGUGAAGAAGGAAGACAGACUUUUAGAUUGGCUGGAAUUGGGGAUGCUGCACCAGACCUAAUGAAAGUGUUGGUCACUAGUUGGGAGGGCUGGGUUUCAUGUAAUUAUGCCACUGGUGGUAUAAUACAGAUUUGUUAGAUACCAGGUGUUUCUAAUUUUAUUGGGCAUAUGUUGUCCUGGAUAUUUACCCUUAGGUACAGAUUAGGAGUAUCUAGGGCAGUGAUGGCGAACCUAUGAUCUGCGUGUCAGAGGUGACACGCGAACUCAUUUUUUUGGUUGAUUUUUCUUUUUUAAAUGUCAUUUAAAUAUAUAAAAUAAAUAUCAAAAAUAUAAGUCUUUGUUUUACUAUGGUUGCAAAUAUAAAAAAAAUUUCUAUAUGUGACAUGGCACCAGAGUUAAGAUAGGGUUUUUCAAAAUGCUGACAUGCUGAGCUCAAAAGGUUCGCCAUCACUGAUCUAGGGAAAUACUUUUCAUGAGCUACAUUGGGAAAGAGUUUGAGAGAUGACCUUUUUUAAAUUCCUGAAAAUAAAAAUAUCACAGGUUACCUCUGACUGAUGGUAUUUUAUUCUGAGAGAUAGAGCAUGUUUUUCUCUCAUUCCUCAGUCCUUUACAUGUUUAUUAAAUUUAUUGGGGUGACAUUGGUCAACAUGAACAUAUAGGUUUCAGGUUUAGGUUUCUGUGUUACAAGAUCUGUAUAUUGCACCAUGUGUUCACUACCCAAAGCCAAAUCUCCUGUCACCAUAUAUUAGGACCGCUUUCCCCUCUAACCCCGUUUUCAUGUUCUUUUAAAAAAUAUAUAUUUUAUUGAUUUUGUACAGAGAGGAAGGUAGAGAUAUAGAGAGUUAGAAACAUCGAUGAGCUGCCUCCUGCACACAUCCUACUGGGGAUGUGCUCGCAACCAACGUACAUGCCCUUGAUCGGAAUCGAACCUGGGACCUUUCAGUCUGCAGGCCGACGCUCUGUCCACUGAGCCAAACCGGUUAGGGCCCUUUUUAUGUUCUUAACUGCUACCCAGAAAUUCAGCUCUGGAAGAUGAAGUGAGGAUAGCCUUUGACAGGAAAUCAUUUCUCUAAUCUGUAGCAUAAUGCGGUUUCUAAAAUAUGGCUAUAAAAACCAUGAAAGUAAGUUGAUUCUCAAAUGGUUGAUUAUCUGGAACUCAGCAUUGACUUUUCAGGAGCAAUUGCCUUGUAAGCAUUGGUUUGAGCCAUUAAUUACCAUUAGUGGGAAUGUGGGAGAGAUAUCACAUACACUUCUCUCUCCAGCUGUGAAGAUAUGCUCUCAAAACCUGGCACAGGGCAAUUUUUUAUAAUUGAAUAAAAUAAUACCUUAUGGGCAAAAUAACCCUAUGCUCAUAAAAAUAUGUAUAGUUGAUAGAAAGCAAAUGUCAUUAUAUUUAUACUUUGCAAAUGAAAACUAACACUGUAGAAUUCAUUGCUGGCGCAUAUUAAGUUCAAUAAAUACUAUUAUUUUGUUAGAUUAAUGUUUUUGUUUUUUUAAAAAAUAUUUUUGUUGAUUUCAGAGAGGA